AGCCUGCUCAUGGAAGGGAAGUCCUGCCCCACAAGCAUUUCAGCAGUUAAAGACAUACAGCGCAUAGCCCCGACAUGUUUCUUUUUUCCUCCUCCCUUCUCUUCGAUCUGUCCUUUCGAUCCCUGUUUGUCUUUCACGCCAAUUCCCUUGCCUCGAUGACCUGAGAAUAUACCCAAAUGUGGUAGAAAGAGCACCGAUCUCUUUUCUCUCGGCCUUCGUCGCCCUCGUCGCUCCUUCACCCAUCGAGCCCCACGAUCCUUUGCCGAGCACCGUUCGUCUUCGGUUUCCAACUACGUCACGACCGUUCCUGCUGGACAAUGAACGGCCAUACACACGGCUCCCUCGCCUCCGAGGAGAGCGUCGGUCUCCUCGUCGACGACCCAUCCCAAUCCGAUUCCAUUCGCGACAAUCCCAUCCUCCCGACCCAGCCUUUCUCCGUGGCGACAUGGGCCAGCAAGCUCCUGUCCCCGGUGUUUUACCUCCGGACCACGCACUGGCGCGUUCUCAUCGUCCGCCUGGCCUGGUUCUUCGUCCCCAGCUUUCUCCAGGGCCGCAGUAUGCGUGAGCAGAUCCGCCCGGCAAAGCUAGGUCCCACCGCCUAUCUCGACGGCAUGAGGGGGAUUGCUGCGCUCUUUGUCUUCCACUGUCACUACUCGUACUCAACCUUUGCUAUUGCCAAUGGCUGGGGCUUCAACGGCGGGCACUAUGAGAUCGUACGACUGCCUUUUAUAAAGCUGUUCUACGCGGGACCGGCUGCUGUCUGCGUCUUCUUCGUCAUCUCCGGCUACGCUCUCUCCUACAGACCCAUUAAAAACAUCCGCAGCGGCAAUGUCAAGGACUUUUCUACUGGGCUCAGUUCUAUGGUCUUCCGCCGUGCCAUUCGUCUCUUUCUUCCGACUACCAUAUCUACCUUUAUGGUUGUCUGCCUCAUCCGUAUGGGUGUAUUCGAGUGGACUCGCGAGUUCGCUAUGAAUCCAAAAUAUCUAAGAAAGGUUAGGGAAGUUCAUCCCAAGAUGCUUGCUACUGCACAUGAGCAGUGGGUGCAAUGGGCCAAUGCCAUCUUCGGGGGCUUUAAGGUCUUCAGCUGGGAGCACUAUGGCGGAUUCCGCAUUUAUGACGCGCAUUUGUGGACUAUCCCUGUUGAGUUCCGCUGUUCGCUCUAUCUAUUUCUCGUCAUCUUGGGGACCGCCCGCCUCCGAACUCAAUACCGAUUCCUGACCCUGGCCGUCGUUACAUACGUCACCUAUUACAAUUCCAGAUGGGAAUUUCUCUUGUUUAUCAGUGGGAUGGCUCUUGUUGAGUGGGAUCAUAUUCGUGGUGCCCAUGUCCCACCUCCCGUCUUGCCGUCGGGAGAAAGAGAAAAGGAAUCCAAGCCAGCUGACUCAACAGCCAAGGUGAUAUCCUGGAACCUAGUCGCCAUGCUUGGGUUAUACUUUCUGGGCCAACCUGACUCGGGCGGCUCAAAGACUCCCGGUUGGGUGUAUCUGACCUCGCUAAUCCCUGAGUGGUGGGCACACGAGGGGUUUCGAUAUUGGCAAGGCUUCGGUGCAGUUGUCUUUGUCCUUGGUGUGGGUCACUCAGUGUGGUGGCAGCGAGUCUUCAAUUCCAGUAUCGCUCAGUACUUUGGCAAAAUCUCGUACGCUUUGUAUCUGAUGCAUGGGCCAGUCUUGAAAGUCAUUGGCAUGCAUUGGAUGAAGUGGGCUUGGGGUGUGACUGGCGUUGAGGGAGAGUGGUAUACUGCCGGUUUCUUUUUGGGAGCUUGCUUCUGCAUACCAGCCGUCAUCUGGUGUGCUGAUAUUUUCUGGCGGGCUGUCGAUAUUCCUUGCGUGAAAUUCGCUAGAUGGUUUGAGAACAAGCUCAUCAAGACUGACUAGAAUACCUUGGAGAUACUUCCGUUUUUGUUGCAUGGGAUAUUAUGAAUAUAAUUCUGGGAAACUGGUAUGAGACCUAGAUUUUGUGGCACAUGUUAGAGGUCAUAAAUGUGUGUCAAGGGUCACUUGGGUCAAUUUUGGCGAGGAAAGGUGUCACCAACUUUUACAAAGACUUCUUCUUUUCACCAAGCAGGAUAUAGCUAGCUAUGAUCAAUCACUCUUACUAUG